CGGAUAUUUCCGUGGCUUCAUUCGCUAGAACCUCGCGUAAUGCGUAAGGGCACCUGGACCCUGGGGAGCUAUGCGCGUCGCUUUCCAUUUCAAGGAUUCCCUUCUACGAGGCAUAUAUCAGAAACCAGGCAUAGCAGACUUACUGAAGGCAACGCGAGACCUCGUGCCUCAUGGAGUUGCCAGUUACCUGGGAUGACACGUCUUUGCUUGCUUAUGAACCUCUGCUAUCUUACUGCUUUCUAUACUCCGAGGCCGAACGUUCGACUCGUCGUGAAAGCAAUGCCAUUAUCGAGAACUUCGUGGAAGAUAUGCGGCGCGACAAACAAGCCCUUGCUGCAGCUCAAGCAUGGCUCCGUCUAGCAUUUCCGCCGGAGAAUGAUGAGACAGGCGCCACAGUACACUCUGCCAAUGAUCCAAACAUGCUGGCCAUCUUCUUUGAAUUUUAUCGUCUGUUACAAGCGAAUAACCACUCAACGGAGUACCUUUUCCAGAAGAAACAUGAACUACUGAACACUCGCGCCACACAAGGCGCACGAUCGGGCCGUGGAGGGCACAGCGCAAAGGCACCUAGACGUGGAGUCAAUGACAACAGUCGCAAUCGUGGUAGGGGUAGGGGUCAAGGUCGGGGUCGAGGUCGGGGUCGGGGUCGGGGUCGCGACCGCAGCAGUGGCCAAAAGCGUUCAAGCUCGACACCUUUUACAGUUACCGAGUCACCACAAGAGCAUCCCCGCACACCUGAAGCACCUGAGUCCAAUAAGACUCCUAAUGAUAAAAUCAUGCUCGACAGUUCGGAUGGCCUUUCUUCGAUUGACCUACCGAUUCCCCUGCCAUUACCCAAGGAGGAUUGUUUAGAUGAUCCACCUGUAUCGCCCGUCUGUCAAUCACCAGGUGAAAUCCACCCAGGACCGGCCAGUAGCUCGCUUAGCAAUGUUGACAGCACUACCCAUGCAGAACAAGGUACACAAGUCCUCGCUAAUGGUGACCUGUCCCCAAACCAUGGUCAGGAGUAUAGCGGCCUACAGUCUAACGAUUCAGAUCACUUCGUAGCGCGAUCUUCCGAAUUGAUGGUUACGGGUGUACUUUUGCCAUCUAAACGGUCUCUUCGCCCCUUGCCACGCAAAGUAGCCACAAAGUAUAUUCCACCAAGACAUGAACAACAAAUUUCCUAUGCUCCACCGUCGAGACAAGCCCUUGAUCAGGAAGGCGUCGAUCGUUUGCUGACAGAUAUUGGUAGGAAUGCCUCGCUGAUGCACUCCCAGACAGUUUCGGUGCAUAUGGAGGACUGGGCUCGCGAUGAUGAUCAAGAUGAUGUCGCGGAUGUUGAUGAUAUUGCGCACGAAUUUAAUACACCUUCAACUAACGGUGCUUUGCCCCCGCUGUCGAGCUGUAAGGAGGUGACCGACGUCAGUGCGCCAACGAUUGAACGGCAGAAACCUCGUUUACCAGUAACGGUAAUGCCGCGAAUUUGGGCUGAGUCUCGCCAAGAAGUCUGUGAAUCAUUCGACUACUUUCGAAGUUACCAGAGUGGUGUUUAUUCUUUGAAGGAUAUCGUCAAAGGCUAUCUUCUGGGUGGAUCACCCGCAAGCCGUGAUAUAUUUCAUUGCGAGGGAAGAUUAAUUGUUUCCCAUGGUGGCGGUAAAGCUGAGAGCAUUCUCGAUUACCGGGUUGGUGCUGCUCGGUUUCAACAGGCUCAGGAUCAAGAAGCCACAGACAAAUCCGUCCGUGCUCUACUCAAAAGCUACACGGACAAACGGCCUUUGGUUCUUCUAGCUGACGAUAAGUACGCUUUAUUCCCUUACGAUCUUGGUGCCUCGGGCUACACGUAUGUUGUCCUUGGAUUAUAUUGGAUAUCUCAUGCAUGGGCCGAGUAUCAACCCGCAUCCAAUGGAUGCGGAAAAGUUGUCCGCUGGAAGUUCGCUUUCCAAUGGUGCGAAGGACAGGGCAAUCCGUGGUGGAUAUCAUCCAAGAGCGAUGACGUGGAUAUGCUUUCCGAUCCCAUGGGAGAUUGUCAAUCUGCCCCUAGACAAGAUUCGUCGCCGCCAAAUGCCGUUGUCGAUGUGGCAUGCAAUAAAUGUUCUCAGAAGAGUCCUGUUGUUUAUUCACAGGGAUGGACGUGUCUGAACCCUUCUUGUACUUCCUUUUGGAGGAUAGGGGGACGAGAGCUGGAACACCUUGACUAUGACGCCGCAUUUUUACGCCCAAUUAAAACAAUCUUUACCAAUCUGCCAGAGCUUCGCCCUGCGAAGCUCAUUGAAACGAUGGAUUCCAUUACUACAUCGUAUGCAUUUAGCAAGGGCUGGCACUGUGAAAAGUGCGGGCGCCUUUCGAGUCGUUUCAAAUGGGAACAUUGGGAAUGUUCUCAUUGUCAUUCGAUUCACAAAGUUCCCGGAAGACUACGGACAGCAAAAGAGUUUUGGCACCAGCGACCACCGGCAGAUUUUCUACAUUCGCAGGUUGGAAAACAAUCAGGGAUCAUCGCUUGUCGACCACAGCCAUUCGAAUUGGGCGAUGGCGGAGGAUUCACAAACCACCUCACAUUCAUUCUCCCUCAUGGGAGAGGAAUGAUCCAUCUCUUAUUGGGCACUCCGUUGGCGAACAAACAGGCAGAUGAGAUAUUUCGACAGUAUCAGGAGCAAGCUGAAGAGGGAGAGUUGCUUCUUAGAAGAUACCCACUCAGGCUUCAAAAACUCCGUGGAACUUUCCUCACUAAUUACUUUUCUCAAAAUUCGGGCGAACCAUACCAGUAUGUUGGUGGAACAGGGAAUACCGUGCCUUUCGACAAGGCACCAUCAUCCGUGUGUGGUGCCCUCGCCUUGAUCAAAGAGAGAUCUCGUCUCGCUCUUCAAAAAGACAUACCGUUCAACGAGAUCCUCAGCGCUGCAUACAUGGAAAAACAAAAGAUGUCUUUCCACAGCGAUAGCGAGCACGGGCUAGGUCCUGUCGUAGCCUCCCUUUCACUAGGGUCCGCGGCAUUCAUGCAUUUUCGUGCCCGUGCCACAUCGAAGGAGCCAAAACAAUCAUCAUCAAACGUGUUGACUUUAAUCCUCCGGCACGGAGACGUACUGAUCAUGGAAGGCGAUGGUGUUCAACAGCAUUAUGAGCAUACUGUUAUACCCAUGAAUUUUCGCAUUGCUGCCACCGCUCGUUGGAUCGAAACUGCAUGAUCAGUGUUGCAUCCAACAAGUCAAGUUUUCUUUUUUUGGUUUGAAAUACCAUGUUUUCCGUUCUAUAACACUGCUUUGUUACCUUCU